CGAAAAAAAUGAGUUAAGAGUGCGACAAUCGUUGAGUGAAGAACUCGGGCCGCGAAAAUAAAAUAAAUCGUAGCGUUCUGACCCGCGUUGUGCUGUGAAAAGUGCGAUUUCAGCCAGACAGAGUGAAUAGAAGACCGUGGAAAAGAUAGCAGUAUACGGGGAAGUGAUUAAAGGAGAAGAACCUGGGAAAUUGUGUGUGAUUCGUGUGGAAGAAGCGUAAAGCGGCGGCGCCAUCUUGGCUGCCAGCGAAAACGACAGAAAAAGAACAGUGAGAGAAGAAGAAAACACAGAGGAAGAAGCAAGAAGAAAAAGAAACAUAUCCAAAACAACACGGAGAGAAAAAGAAAAUAGAUGUAGAUAAAGAAGAAAAAAAAAUAGUGUUAAGUGACAUAGGAUUAAGCAUUAAACCAUAAUGUAACCCAACGGAACAACAUGGAGCAAUCAUCACAAAUUCAAACAAGGAAACAAUACCUGAAAAUGAAAAAAAGGAAACGGCAAGAAGGUAAACCAAACAGGACAAAUCAGCGAGAAUGGAGGCACACAAAACAACAUGGGACAACGAGAGAAGGUGGAAGAAUGGGCAAGCGAAACAGUAUUCCUGGAGCCGGCUGACAUGGAAAAACCAACUAAGCAACACCCCAUGUGUGUGGGCAAAGCUCUAACAAGACACGGUAUACAGAACUACACGGGCAUCUCGGCGGUGGGAAAAUUCCGCUUCAAGGUCUCGUUCCAGACGAUUCAGGACGCAAGGAAGCUGACGGAGAUAAAUCUUACUGACGAGAACCUCAAGUGCUACCUGCCGGUAAUCCUCAAGCAAACAGUAGGCUUCGCGAGGGACAUCCCCAGGUCAUACUCGGAGGAGGAAAUCAAGGAAAACCUGGUGGCUGAUGUCGAAAUCAUCAAAGUAGAAAGAGUUAGGAAGAUGGAGCAAAAUGGGAAGCUACGGGAAACCGGAAACGUAAAAAUCACUUUCAAAGGGAAAGAAUUGCCGGACAAAGUGGAGCUGUACGGCCUGCUCGUCCAGCUCGAACUGUAUCUUUUCCCAAUCAGGCAAUGUUCAAACUGUUGGGCAUUCGGUCACCGAGCGGAGAAAUGCUGGCGCUCCGCCAAAUGUCGCGAAUGUGGAGAGCAUCACACAGAGGGCACCUGUACGCAAAAAACGUGCAUAAACUGCGGAGGAGAGCAUGCGCCUACGGAUGAAGAAUGCCCGGAGAGGGAGAAGCAGAUCCAGAUCAACCGGGCAAUGCAGCAGGAAAGAUUAACCUACAGGGAGGCCAGAGAAAGAUGGCACAAACAGCAUCAAAACCAGUUUGAACUGCUAUCGAACGCAGAUGAAUUCCCAGCAAUCAACCAGGCACCAACCAAACGAAAUGCAUCCGGAACCCAGUACAGGACAAUAAGACAAACAUCGGGAAGGGCAAGCAUCCGUGUACCAACAACAGCACCCAAAUCGAUGUCCUACGCAGAAAAGGUGAAGGAAAUCCCACGACAAUUCGAAGAAAAUCCCCACAAGACGUCAAUGCUGGAAAAAACCAUCAGCGAAAUUAAACAGUUCUGGAGGAAUCUCAAUCUAGUUCGAAAACUAAUGAAACUACAAUCAGCCAUUUAUGUGGACGUAGCGGGACAAGCAGCAUCGGACAUCAACUAUGAAGGAAUGUUGAUCAGAAUCAGUACAACACUAAACCAAAUCAUCGAUGAGUUCACGGAGGACCUGGAAGAGUAUGCGACGAACACCAGCAAGGAACCAGAAGAGCCCACAAUUGUUAUCGAUGGAUAA